GGGGAGGCAAGUGCUUCCCUCUGUCCGAACAUGCCUCGGGCGGCUGAGCACACCAGAUUUCUCGGAUGCUCUUCCAAAGCAUCAGUGUUACUUUGCUUUGGAUGGAGAUCAAACCCUCACUAACAGCAAUAACAAAAAAAAAAAAAAAAAAAAAAAAAAAAGAAGGAAAUUUGGAUAGAGGCAGGAAGGGAUCUCCCUAAUGACAUGCUCACUCUUUGGCACAUCUCUUCCCGGCGCUCCUCAUCCGUGACUAAAGGUCUCCAGCUCCGCGUGGAAGGACAGUCCGACGUGGGCUCUCUCAUGCCUUGUCUCGCUCUUCUUCCCUCCUAAAACCUCAUUCUGAAGGAUGGCAGCUGCCUCGUUCCGCUAUGGCCUGACCAUCACCGGGGCUGUGCUGCUGGUGACGGGGACGCUGUGCUUUGCCUGGUGGAGUGACGGGGAGGUCGGCUCAUCGGGAGGCAGCAGCGGGACUCGCCUCCUGCCUCCCCGGGAAGCCGAGGCAGUUCCCAGCUCCUCCUCCUCCAGCGCCCUGCUCCGCUCCGUCAGCUUCUUCUGCUGCGGUAUCGGUGGCAUCCUCCUCCUCUUCGGCCUCCUCUGGUCCGUGAAAGCCAACACCAGGGUGGUCUCCCGCCGCUACCAGUACCAUUUCCCCAGGGACCUGCAGUACUUCACCGCGGAGCCUCUGGAGAAGUGGAACUGCAGCAACUGGGAUGCCAGUGCCAUCCCCACCUAUGAAGAAGCCCUGACCUGCAGACCCGCCCAUGGUGCCCUGGCCUAUGUCCAGCCCCCGGGGAGGAAGGAGGAGCUCACACCACCCCUGUACCGCUACCUGGAGGAGGAUGAGAGCUGGCAGGGCGGCCGCCGGCGCAGCUCCUCUGACAGCGCCUUGUUCCGCCCCAGCCCAUCCUGGCUGGAGACCCUUCACCCCGAGGAGCCGCAGGCAACACCUCCCCCCAGCUAUGAAAACAUCAGUGUCCGAGGGGUCUGAGCUGGGGUCAGCACGGGCCGUGACUCUAUGGGUGGCUGCCCAGUCCCUCAGUUUUAAACUGAGCCCCUUCCUUUGUGGGGAGGAGAGGAGGGUGGGCAAGGAGGGGAAAGGGUCAACCGGUGCUUUCUGAGCUAUCAGUCCAGGGCUGUUGGGAUUGUGAGUCCUGUGGGUGAUGAGUUCGAAGCAUUGGGAGUAACUGGCAUGUUUGAAAGCCUUUGUAUUUUUAAUAAAACCACUGUUGGUUGCA